AUGGGACGGCGAAACAAAAAAGCGAAGCCGGACAGGCCUCCAUCUACUGUGGACAUCGGGGAUCUCCUACGGUGGCCCCAAAACUUCCAGAGGCCUGAAAUGGUGCCACAGCUGGAAGGCCUAUACCACUCGUUCAGCGAGGCCACCGAGUCGGAAGAGGACAACUAUGGUGCUGGAGCGGUAAGCAGACCGACCCACACACACCCUAGCCUCACAGAGGGGAAGCUCAAGGACAUGCUGGGAGAGCUGCGCCGUAACAUAGCAGCCAACAUAGGCGUGUUCCGAGACGAAAUUAGCAGAGUGGUGGCCCGCCUGCAAAACACAGAGCUUACUACCGCCGCACAGGAGUCCCGACUAGUGUCAGUGGAGCAACAAAUCAUCGUCCUACAAAAAACACAAAGGCAACACCAAAACAAUAUGGCAGCGCUCGAGGACAAGAGGCGCUGGAAGAAUGUUAAAAUCUGCGGCCUACCAGAAGCAGUAGAGACCGCAGAGCUGCCGCAUCUAGUCCGCAGAAUGCUCAACACGCUCUUUACGACCAAACAAGCCAAAGGACAUUCCAGACCACAAACCGGCACACCAGAGAAGGGGAUGUUGUAA